CAACGAGACUUUGACCUUCUGGUGAUUGGCGGGGGAUCUGGUGGCCUGGCAUGUGCCAAGGAAGCUGCUCAGUUGGGAAGGAAGGUGGCUGUGGUGGAUUACGUGGAUCCUUCUCCCCGAGGCACCAGGUGGGGCCUCGGAGGCACCUGUGUCAACGUCGGCUGCAUCCCCAAGAAACUGAUGCACCAGGCAGCCCUGCUGGGGGGCCUGAUCCGAGAUGCCCAACACUACGGCUGGAAGGUGGCCCACCCCGUCCCGCAUGACUGGAGGAAAAUGGCAGAAGCUAUUCAGAACCACGUCAAAUCCUUGAACUGGGGGCACCGAGUCCAGCUGCAGGAUAGGAAAGUCAAGUACUUUAACUUCAAAGCCAGCUUCGUCGACAAGCACACUGUGUGCGGCGUCCUGAAAGGUGGGAAGAUUCUACUUUCAGCUGACCAUAUUGUCAUCGCUACUGGAGGACGGCCGAAGUACCCCAUGCAUGUUGAAGGUGCCUUGGAGUAUGGAAUUACAAGCGACGACAUAUUCUGGUUGAAGGAGUCCCCUGGAAAAACGUUGGUGGUCGGUGCCAGCUAUGUCGCCCUGGAAUGUGCCGGCUUCCUCUCCGGGAUGGGCCUGGACACCACGGUGAUGAUGCGCAGCAUCCCCCUGAGGGGCUUCGACCAGGAAAUGUCUGCCUUGGUCACGGAGUACAUGGCGUCUCAUGGCACCCGGUUUCUGAGAGGCUGCAUACCCUGGCAGGUCAGGAGACUCCCCAGCGGCUGCCUGCAAGUGACCUGGGAGGACCGUGCCUCGGGCAGGGAGGACACAGGCACCUUCGACACUGUCCUGUGGGCCAUCGGUCGGGUUCCAGCAACCAGAAGUCUGAAUUUGGAGAAGGCUGGAGUGAAUACCAACCCUGACAGUCAGAAGAUCCUUGUUAACUCCCGGGAAGCCACCUCUGUGCCCCACAUUUAUGCCAUUGGAGACGUGGCAGAGGGGCGGCCUGAGCUCACACCCACGGCAGUCAUGGCGGGGAAGCUGUUAGCCCGACGCCUCUUCGGCCAGUCCUCAGACCUGAUGGAGUAUGACAAUGUUCCCACGACAGUCUUCACCCCACUGGAAUAUGGCUGCGUGGGGCUGUCGGAGGAGGCGGCUGUGGCUCGCUACGGACAGGAGCACAUUGAGGUUUAUCAUGCGUAUUACAAACCACUAGAGUUCACGGUGGCCGAGCGGGAUGCAUCCCAGUGUUACAUAAAGAUGGUGUGUCUGCGGGAGCCCCCACAACUGGUCCUUGGCCUGCACUUCCUCGGUCCCAAUGCGGGCGAAGUCACUCAGGGAUUUGCUCUGGGGAUCAAGUGCGGGGCUUCCUACGCACAAAUGAUGCGGACGGUGGGCAUCCACCCCACCUGUGCUGAGGAGGUGGCCAAGCUGCGUGUCUCCAAGCGCUCGGGCCUGGACCCCACGGUGACGGGCUGCUGA